AUGGCGGCGGCGUCCGUGGCGACAGUGGCCUCCCCGUCCCCCGCCUCCAGGCGGCGGCUGCCCCUCCCUCCUCCGCCGCACCGUCUCUCCUUCGGCUCCCUUCGAGGCCGGCCAGGCGGCUCCGGCGCGCCGCCCUGCGGCCAGCUCGACAUCGGAGGGCUCGCCUUCCAGGGCGACGUCGGCGGGGGCUUCACCGGCGGCGGGUCGGGCUCCGGGUCCGGGGCCUCCGGCGGUGGCGACGGCAACAAGAUGCUGGACCGGGGCAUCAACACGGCCAUCGUGCUCGGGGCCAGCACCUACGCGCUCACCAAGCUGCUCACCGUCGACCAGGACUACUGGCAUGGGUGGACGAUCUUCGAGAUCCUGCGCUACAUGCCGGAGCACAACUGGUCCGCAUACGAGGAGGCCCUCAAAGCCAACCCGGUUCUAGCCAAGAUGAUGAUCAGUGGCGUCGUCUACUCCCUUGGUGACUGGAUUGCACAGUGCUACGAAGGCAAGCCGAUAUUCGAUUUCGACCGUGCUCGGAUGUUCCGGUCUGGCCUUGUUGGGUUCACGCUUCAUGGGUCACUUUCACAUUACUACUACCAUAUCUGUGAGGCACUGUUCCCAUUCAAGGAUUGGUGGGUUGUCCCUGCAAAGGUUGCAUUCGAUCAGACCAUCUGGUCUGCAAUCUGGAACAGUAUCUACUUUGUGGUCUUGGGUUUCCUUCGGUUGGAAUCACCUACCACUAUCUACAGCGAGCUCAAAUCCACGUUCUGGCCUAUGCUUACCGCUGGAUGGAAAUUGUGGCCUUUUGCGCACUUAAUUACAUAUGGUGUGGUUCCUGUUGAGCAAAGACUUCUAUGGGUCGACUGUGUGGAGCUUGUCUGGGUCACAAUACUGUCGACUUACUCAAACGAAAAGUCAGAGGCAAGGAAUUCUGAUAGUACCUCCACACCAGCUGCUUCGAAGGACAACUCCAGAUAG